GGUAACCUAAGGUCAGGUUCGAGCCGGCGAACGAAGGAGACAGUGGGCGACACACAACCUAGCAAAGCACCGUAGCGCCAAUUUCAAGCAGCGCCUUCUUCUGUUCUGUUCUCGAUCCUCGGCACUGUCACCAUCUCUUCCUUCGCGCUGCACAUUUCUCUGGCAUAAUGCCUCGGUACUAUUGCGAUUAUUGCGACACGUAUCUAACUCAUGACUCUCCGUCCGUGAGGACACAGCACAAUGCGGGUUACAAGCAUAAGGCAAAUGUUCGAGCGUAUUAUCAGCAGUUUGAAGAGCAGCAAACUCAAAGUUUGAUCGAUCAGAAGGUUAAAGAACAUUUGGGGCAAACUGCUGCUGGAGGAGGCACUGCUUUCCAACAACAUCUUGCUGCCUUACAAGCUGGACAGUUUAAACCUCCUAUCCUUGGAACCGCUCCAGGGGUUCUCCCUUCCGCUCAACCACCUUUAUUACCUAAUAUUCGUUUGCCUGUACUCCCUCCUCCAACAUCGGCUGGUCAAGGUUAUGGAAAUCCACCGGGAGGCCCGUACCAGUACAGACCAAAUGCCGCAGGUGGUGCACAACCCAAUGGAAUGCCCGCUCCUCCUACUCUUACUCCUCCAGGUGCUCCGACAAGACAGUCUGCUCCUCCCUCAAAUCCACCCAACUACGGCUCGUACAAUUAUGGCCCUAACCCGCCUGGUCAAUCUCGACCACCUAAUCCUUCAUCAGGUUACUCCGGCCAACAAGCACCGCCAGGCCCCCCUGGUUCUCAGAGUACGUAUGCUUAUGGACCUCCAGGAGGACAAAUGUCUUCGAAUUCUUCCUACGGGCCACCGCCUCCCGGAGCUCCGGGAAGUUACAGAAGCUGAAGGGCAGGUUUGUGCAUCGGAGGUUGGUAAAGGGUUUCUUAGCCUGCUUAGUUGUGUCUGCAUUUACAUGACAAUCUAGUUCCACAUGGCGUAGGCUUUAUGAGAUUACCAAACCUUACAGUCAGCCAGCUUGUACAGUUGACUAACUGCAGGUUGAACAGUCUGUGUUCUGAGAUCAACAGAGGUUUGUGCGGGUCCGAAAUUUCUUGGUAGGCUUUUGAUGUUAGUGGAAGUGUUUUUUGUAAAGCACAACCUUGUGCGUCUGGAGUGCGAAGGACCCGAUUAGAUACCGUCAAGGAAUGAGUGUUCUGCCUUACAGCGUCAUGUAGUUAAAGAGUAGAAAAUUCUCUCCAGCAAGAAGGGUUUGACAUAGUCAGUCAGGAGCAAAAGCAUCUGCGAGAAACUUGACUGAUAUCCUUCUAUCUCGCGGGAAGGUAAUUGUCCCUACUCAGUCCUUGAUAACAUGUUAAGUACACAGGAUGGGAAAUUUUUAAAUCGAGGAACCAGUUAUGUUCCUGUCAGUUUGGAGUGG